CCACAUCCCCGUCAUCUGCCUACGCAGCAAAGGUGGCCCGCGGCUGCCUUUCGCUUCUCUCUCCUUCGGUCGCCCGGUUGCCCACCUACCUGCUCAGGGCGUGCCGGGCUGCGGCGGGUUUUUUUUUUUUUUUCACCUCCUCCCCUUCGCCCCGCGACGCAUGGAGAAUGGAGGCGGCAGGAACGACCCGCUUAGCCCUUUUCUGGAGGAGGUGGAAAGGCCCCAGGCGGUGGCGGUGGCGGCGUCGUUGUCGUCGUUAAUCCGAGGCAGGGCUGUUUGGCCCAACCGAUUCUUGCUUUGUCUUUACGCCGUGGGCUUUCUGGAUUUCUUUGGUGUCAGUAUGGUUGUUCCCUUGUUAAAUCUUCAUGUGAAAUCUUUAGGAGUGAGUUCAACAAUUGCAGGAGUGGUAGGAUCUUUAUAUGGAAUACUACAACUCUUUUCCAGCACCUUAGUGGGAUCUUGGAGUGAUCUAGUUGGAAGACCUCAUUGCCUACUUGUAUGCAUCCUCUUCAGUGCAUUAGGUUAUUUUGUGCUUAGCAUAUCCACCAAUGUGUUCUUAUUUGCCAUUGCUCGAACCUUUGUGGGUAUUUUCAAACAUACACAUUCCGUUUCCAAAGUACUCAUUUCUGACUUGGUUCCUAAGAAAGAGCGCCUGUUAGUAAUUGGCUAUUUCAAUGCUAUUUCGAAUUUUGGUUUCAUUUUGGGACCAGUUGUUGGAGGCUAUCUUACAGAGCUGGAAGGUGGCUUUUACCUGACUGCAUUCAUCUGUGCUUCCAUCUUUGUCUUGAAUGCUGGUAUUUUUUGGAUGUUGCUACGGUAUGGAAAAAAGAUGCACAGUCGUGAAUGGGCCAUUAUUAACAAAUCCAGAAGUAUUAUUUCAGAAGAAGUAAAGCACGGCCUUCAGACUACAUCUUCAUCUUACAAAGCCGUGUCAUCUGCUCAUCCUAGGAACUCCUCUUGCAUUGAAAUUAUGUCUGUGCUGAAGAGGCUUGGCAGUGUUGCAAAUUCUAAUCUCUGGGAUGUUUUUUUGGUACGGCUCCUGAUGUCUAUUGCGGUUAUGCUCUAUCAUAGCAAUUUUGUCUUGGGCCUUGAAGAAAGGUUUGGAAUGAAGCCCAAACUCACUGGCUACCUAAUUAGCUAUGGUAGCACACUUGGAGUAGCUGCUGGCUUCCUCCUUGGACCUAUCACUAAAUAUUAUAGGCACAAUACUUUUGCUAUGUUAUUACACUCUACUCUUCUUACCUGCCUGUUUAUGUUUCUGUAUUCUCUAUCAGAAAGUCUUUGGACAGUCGUUUUGUCUUGUACAUUUUUAGCAUUUUCAACCACUGUGGGACGUACAUGUAUUACAGAACUUGAACUAAUGCUGGGUGGGGAUCAUGCCAGUGGUAUGCUCAUUGGUGUUGGUCAGUCUGUUUCAGCUGUGGGUCGCAUAAUUUCCCCUCUCCUUUCAGGUGUUGUACAGGAAUACAGUCCACGUGGCCCACCAAUUCUUGGAAGCCUGUUGGGGAUUUUAGCAGUUCUCAUCAUGGUCUUUAAUAAGUCACGAUAUUCUGUCAGAAGGACCAUGAAAUUUAAAAGUAUGUGAUGACUUAUUUACAGUGCUUUUCCAAAAAAAAAAAAAAAAAAGCCAAAAGACUCUCAAAGGAUCAGUCCUCAAUAUAGGGAAAAUAGAAAAUUAUAAAACAGAGUAAUAACAUUUUAAAUCAAAUCGAAAUCCUUUAAACAAAAAAGAGGAACCCAUGUUUUCAGCUUCCUCGUGUUUAUGUGGAAUUUGGACCAGGUUUUGAUGGCAUGCAAUACCAUAUUUCAAACCUUUAUUAAAGGUUGUUUUGAACAUCAGUGAAGAAAAUGGAAGAACUGCCCUUCCAGCAGGUAUUCACUCUCACUGAAUAAAGGCUUUGAAGAGAUGUAAUUUGCUUAAUGGCAAGUUGGUUGUUGAGCUUAAUCCCCAAAGGAUGACCUUGUAUUAAAAAUAGCAUCCAUUUCUCAAUCAGAAACAUAGAUUUUGUUCCAAUUCUUCUAAAAUGAGUAUUGAAACUAAAAACUAUUUUUGAUCAUUCAGUUAACAAGAUUUCACCAAGUGAAUCGAGCUCCUUUUAAAAGUACAUAUUUAAGUAGUCACAGUUCUGUUUGCAUACAGUCUUCUUUCCUUUUCUUCAUAUCAAAGAUCAGCUGCUUCAAAUGAAACGUUUGUUUAAUCAAGUCCCUCACAGUUUGAAUACAAGCUGCUGCUUAUUUAAUACAAAUUUGACAUUGACAAAGCCUUGCAAAAGUGUUCGCUGCUGAACACAAUUUACCAACUCCAUGUUAGAGCCUUCAGUAUGAAGACUAUUUCUUUGCAGUUGGAGAAAGGCACAGCUUGUAUUCAGUGUGGUAGGUCAGAAUAAUACAACCCUGUUUUAGUAUUUGGAGGAGAGGAGUAUGAUUUUGCAAAAGGAAAUGUUACACCUAUUAAAGAGAAUUGAUUUCACAUUCAAACAUUUAUUAAUGGUAUGUUUAGAUCUAACUAGAUGAUUAAAAGAAAAUGAGAAAAAAGGGAAAUAUACAUUAUGCUUACCAUGAAAUUCUGAUUUUCUGUCAUCAGCCUUACUCUUUUAAGUGUUUUUCAACUUUUGUAUUGAAUACUCUUCAACUCUGUGUUUUUCACAUUUUAAAAUAUGUAGACUUUUAUUCCCAGAAUUACUCAGCCAGCAGGUUGAGAAACACUAUUUUAGAACAACAGAGGGACAUGUGCCUAAAUUUUAAGUAAAGAAGUGCUAAGAGGAUACAAAAUAGUGCUUGCCCUUUCUAAAAGUAGCCUGCAAGAGAAAGAUUUGGAUAUUUGCUCUUAAUGUAAGCUAGAUUUUGUCUUUCUAUAUUAUCGAACUAACAGCCAUAUUCUUUUCUUACACAGAUUAGAAGUAAACCUUACAAGUUAGGUAAGAUUAAUUCCCAGCAAACUCUACAUCCAUGACAAAGUUAAGAUUUGCUCACAACCCAAAUAAUGCUCAACAAACUUUCUUGUGAAAUUCAAUCCAGAAAUCUUGAGUUGGCUACUUAAUAUUAUGUAGCAAAAGUAUUUGGAAAAUAUUUAACAUACUUUUGGAAUACUUGAAAGCCUCUAAGAAGUUAUACUCAGGGAUUUUGUGCUGUAGUACUAUUUGAGAUGGUUUUGAAUUGCUUUCUGCAAAUGUUUGGUUUUAAAAUUGCACUACAAUAUUGGUAAUGGGAAAUAAAAGGAAAAAGAAAACUUUA